GUUGGGCAUAGCCAAAAUGAGCGAUGAUGAUGGCCCGAUGCCAAUGCCGCUUCCAGCGGUGAAGCGACGCAAAGUCGUGGAUGUCGUGGCGGAAAAAGCCCUCUUGGAUCAACUUCCGAGUGCGGAAAUGUAUGAGAAGAGUUACAUGCAUCGCGACACAGUGACGCAUGUUGCGUUUUCCAAGUCGACGCAAUUUCUCAUCACAGCCUCUGCCGACGGCCAUAUCAAGUUUUGGCGCAAAAUGCGGACCGGGAUUGAGUUUGUCAAGCACUACAAAGCUCAUUUACAAGCGAUUGUGGGUCUGGCAGUGUCGGACGACGGUCUACGGCUGGCAACAACAUCUCUCGACGGCACGAUAAAGUUUUUCGAUAUCUUGGGAUUUGACAUGGUCAACAUGAUCACGUUGGGGUACACACCGAGCCACUGCUGCUGGAUCUUUCAAACAGGUCAUGUUGUACCGAAGAUCGUCGUCGCCGAGAUGGAUUCCCAUGUACUGCGCGUUUACCACGCCGACCAUGCCAAGGACACCGCUCUCUUGCACGUCCUUGACAACCUUCACACGGCCCCCGUCACGGUGCUGGGUUUCAAUCCUAUUGCGAACGUUGUGAUCUCCGGCGAUAGCAAGGGCAUGUUGGACUACUGGGCGGCAGACAACUACUCGAUGCCUGGCGCAGGUGUCAUCAAGUUCAAGUCGAAGAUGUCGACAGACUUGUACGAACUGCUCAAGCACCGCACGCACGCUACUUCGAUCGACAUAUCCCCGAACGGCAUUGAUUUUGUCGUGACGGCGGCGGACUCGUUUCUGCGUGUGUUUCGGUUUGCCACAGGCAAACUUCGCCGCAAGUACGACGAGUCGCUCGUGCAGUUUGAAGAUGCCCAAGCGGACGGAAGUUUGCAGCUGGAUGCGAUCGAUUUCGGCCGACGCAUGGCCGUGGAAAAGGAAAUGCAAAGUGUGGGAGUCACGUCAAACUGCAUUUUCGACGCGAGUGGCCAUUACGUGCUCUUCUCGACGCUGCUCGGGAUUAAAAUCCUCCAUAUCGAGACCAACAAGCUCGCGCGAGUUCUAGGCAAAGUCGAAAACACCGAGCGAUUCACGCAGCUCUGUUUGUUCCAGGGCACCCCGUCAAUCAACACCCAGUUCCAGAAACACGCGACGACCGAAGUCGAAAAGAAGCUCGUGAUGAGCGACGCGAAUGACGCCAAAGCUUGGAUCGAUCCCAUGGUGUUUGCCGCUGCGUUCAAGAAGGCGCGGUUUUACUGCUUUUCGACUCGGGAGCCCGUCGAUUCCGCCGAUGACGAACAUGGCCGCGACGUAUUCAACGAGAAGCCAACGCUUGAUGAGUCCCAGAUUUCGACCAAAACGGCCACCGCCGCCCUCGGCACCCGCGCAGUCAUCCACACGACGAUGGGAGAUAUCUUCCUCACGCUGUAUCCGAACGAGUGCCCCCGUACGGUCGAGAACUUUUGCACGCAUGCGCGGAAUGGAUACUAUGACAAUUGCUUGUUUCACCGUGUCAUCAAGAACUUCAUGGUGCAGACGGGUGACCCGCAGGGAGACGGCACCGGCGGGGAAUCGAUUUGGGGCGGGGAAUUUGAAGAUGAAUUCCACCGGAAUCUCCGCCACGACCGACCGUUCACUGUGUCCAUGGCAAACGUUAGUCUCGCAUGGCAUGGUACGAUUGUGUAGAGAGACUCAUGGCGCCAUUGUAGGCCGGGCCACGAACGAACGGGUCGCAGUUCUUCAUCACGACAGUGCCCACUCCUUGGCUGGACAACAAGCACACGGUGUUUGGCCGUGUGGAGAACGGCAAAGACACUGUCGCGGCCAUCGAAGGCGUCCGUGUUGAUCGAUUCGACAAGCCGUUCGAGGAUAUCAGGAUUGUCAACGUUGACAUAAUGUAGCCGACAUUACGUUCG